AAUAAUAUUCGAGAAAUUAUUUCUUUGUUUUCCGAAAUUAUCCAUAUAAGCAUUUAUAUUUCUAUCAAGUAUGUCUAUCAAUAUUUGUCCUUGAACUUAAUACAGAGCUUGAUACGGCAGGACCUAAACGAAACAAGAGGUUAGGGAAUCGUUUAGAAAUUGGCUCGUCUUUCCCAUCUCGAUCCGAAAAAAAAAAAAAACGAGUUUAUCGUGUCCGCUGCACGAUUGCGAUAUCGCGAUACGGCGAGUAAUCCAGUUUCUUGCAUAAACUUAUACAUAAAGAAUAAGCCUUCAACACAAUUAUCAUGAUAGCUGUAUUGACCAGGCGAGCGAGUGGAGGGGAUCACGUUCGAAAGUAUAUAUCGCGCAUUCUGGACCGCAGAGAUUUAUCCGCCGCUGUCACGAAAAAGGCCAAGAUGAGCAAACUGACUCCGGAAGAAAGAGAGCAGAAGUUGGCCCCGUUGCUGUCGUCGGGAUGGACCGUCCAGGCGAAAAGGGACGCGAUCUACAAGGAGUUUGCGUUCACAAACUUCAAUGAGGCCUUUGGAUUUAUGACGAGGGUAGCUUUGCAGGCCGAGAAAAUGGACCACCAUCCCGAGUGGUUUAACGUUUACAAUAAAGUAAAUAUCACCCUGUCGUCCCACGACGUGAACGGACUGUCGCAGAGGGAUGUGAAACUGGCGACCUUCAUGGACAAGGUCGCUGCCGCUACUGGCAAUUAAAGCCCAUCCGACUCACCUGUUGAUCCUUCGGAGCUCUAUUUGUUAUGCAUUUAUUGCGUGUAAUGACAAUAAUGGAAAAAAAUAUUGUUUGUUAUUAUUGAUUAUUUGUAGCGUAAAUAUCGAUGGCAUCAAUUAUAGCUUUCUGUUUUUAGCUCA